AUGGUGGACAAGCUCAUCGCAGCAGGCUACGAUGUCAACAAACGUGAUUACGGCGGCUGGACCCCGAUUAGUGAAGCGGUUUCUGCCGGAAUGCGUGACAACGUUAGAGCGCUGCUGAAAGCUGGUGCUAAGGUUGACCCCGUCAGCACAGAAGUGCUCAACGAUGAUGAGAACUCGACUGGCGGCGGAAUUACUCCUUUGAUGGAGGCCUGCGACAAAGGUUUCACUGAAAUUAUCAAAGAUUUACUGAGAUGUGGAGCUUCCGUUGUGAAAAAGAAUGCCGAUGGUUGGACAGCUGUUGAUUUUCUGAGAAAUUUCAUUGUAAACUGUGACAGUGAAGACGAAAGUUAUGUGAAGGAGCUCACAUCACUCGCUGUGUCUAUGGAAGAGCAGCAGAGAAAGCAGUCUUUCCCUGUUCGUGGAUGUGCUCCGUUGCGACAGACGCAGAGGCAAACGAGAACAAGACCGGUGACGAAGUCUUCUCAGCCAAAAUUGCGUGGUGCAGAUGAAACAAUUGAUUUGACAAGUUACAAGCGCGUAAUGGGUGGACUUGGAGCUCAGUCAAAGAAGAAUGCGAGAGUAUCUCGAUCGCACAACGAAACAGCCUUGUUCUAUGAAGAUGAUGAGCUUGCGUUCAACU